ACUUCCUCCCCAUUCCCCUUCGCCACCGCGCCAGAUAUCAUUCGUGCCCACCAAAAGGACGCCUACUUCCAGGGCCUCCUCACCAACCAACUCCUCGACCUCCACCGCCGCCUCCUCGGCGCCCGCUCCUCCCACGCCUGGGCCAACGAGAGUCGCACCGCCGGCGACCUGCUGUACCUGUGCCUGACCACCCUCCUCGGCAACCGAACCCUGGGCGAGGAGUACUGCGACCUAGUCCAGGUAGAGGCCCCCUCCGCAAGCAGUGGCAGCGGCGACAAGGACGCAGAACAAACCACGACAGCAGCCGCCGGCGGCCCAAGACUACCCUCCCUCCGCCGCCGGUCAGCCUAUAUCGCCCUGUCCGCCCUCCUCCCCUAUCUCCUCUCGCGCGCCCUCCCCGCCGUCCGAGCCCGCCUGCGCGCCCGUCUCGAAGCCCGCCUCGCCGUCCUCCGCCGACGCCACCACCACCACCAUCAUCAGCACAACAGCAAAGGGAAUCCGCACGCCCCUCCAAAGACCACCCUCGAGUACCGCGCCGGCCGUUACCUCCUCGCCCACCUGACCAGCCUCACCUCCGGCGCCCACAUCCACGCCGUUGUGCUGGCCGCCUUUUACUUCUCGGGCGCGUACUACUCCCUGUCCAAGCGCCUGACGGGCCUGCGGUAUGUCUUCACGCGCAGGCUGCCCGAGCACCCUGCCGGCGCCGACGGCAGGGGCGGCUAUGAGGUGCUGGGCGUGCUGCUUGUGGUCCAGCUUGCGGUGCAGGGGUAUCUGCAUGUGCGGGCCACCCUGGCUGGGCUUGGUGAGGAGGAAGCCGGUGUUGAGGCCGUGAUUCGGGAGAGGGCCUUUGGGCCUGGUGGUGGUGGUGGUGGUGAUACCAUGGAUGUCAGUCUGAACGAGCUCAGCUACAGCGUGAACAACGACCUGCUCCUCAACACAGGCACACCGGGCGGGCGGCGCAGUCGAGCAGCGAUCGGAGCGAUGGCACACACGCCUGUGCCCAAGGGGUGGUCAUCACGGGCGGAUGAUGGCGCCGGUGGCGGCGGCGGCGCAGCGAGGUAUGACCUGAGCGACAAUCAACUUCUGGGCUGGAUCAAGGGGUCGUCGCAGAGGAAGUGUACGCUGUGCCUGGAGGAGCUCAAGGAUCCGGCGGCGACGGGGUGCGGGCACGUCUUUUGCUGGACGUGCAUUGGGGACUGGGUUCGGGAGAAGCCUGAGUGUCCCUUGUGUAGGCGAGAGGUGAUGGUGCAACAUAUAUUGCCGUUGAGG